AUGCCCUAACGCGUUCUGCCGGAUUCUACACGUACAUAGAUCGAGCGUUCCUUUUGGAUGGAUAGUCAGUCAUUCAAAUCAAACUAGGCCAUUUUACUCAAUCUACACAUAAACAUUGACUGUACAACAUGCUCAAGCCUUUGCUGUGACUCGAAACACUCAAAAACUCGGAUUUGCAUAAGUCUUCCUGCAAAGGCGUUAAGUUUUACCCGACGAACAAAUAAAAUAAGGGAGUGCCGAUGUCAUUCGUAAGGGGCAGUGCGUGUGUGUGUCGAUGUUCAGGAGAAUGUUGUUCAGCGGACAAAAUGAAUGGUUAUACUUUUAGCCAUAUGCUGUCGUGUUGAUGCACAAGUGUAGUGUAACAUUAAACGUGCGCGGCUGAAAAGGAACGAAGCGUAACUAUUUAUCAAGCUUCGAGAUUUUAUAAAUAGGUGGUCUCGUAAUGUCCGAUCUGGGAAGUGGAGAUGAUGGCAUCUCAGGAUCAAAAUAUAAUGUUGCAAAUAUGGAGGGUUCCUCAAGUAGGAACGACUUCGAUUCUUCUGCAAAAGGAGGAAGCGGCGUCGAACAGGAAUUGGCUACGAAAAUGUUGCAAAUACAAUCUAAACGAUUUUAUUUGGAUGUAAAACAAAAUAGAAGAGGCCGUUUUAUAAAGGUUGCAGAGAUUGGCGCUGAUGGUAGACGUAGUCAAAUUUACUUGGCUCUUUCAACUGCAGCCGAAUUUCGUGAUCAUUUGUCCUCAUUUAGCGAUUACUAUGCUUCUCUAGGUCCACCAAACACCGACAAUUUACCGGAAGAUGGUAAACUUAAAUCUGAAAUGAUGAUAAAAGAUUACAGAAGGUAUUACUUGGACUUAAAGGAAAAUGCGCGUGGCCGAUUUUUACGGGUAUCGCAAACGAUAACAAGAGGGGGGCCUAGAUCCCAAAUCGCUUUACCGGCUCAAGGAAUGAUCGAGUUUCGUGACGCUCUUACAGAUUUGUUAGAAGAGUUUGGAGCUAAUGAUGGAGGCAGGUUUAAAGGAGAUUUACCGGAAGAGCGACACAUGAAGGUGGAUAAUAAAAAUUUUUAUUUUGAUAUCGGACAAAAUAAUCGAGGAGUGUACAUGCGGAUAAGCGAAGUGAAAAAUAACUUCCGGACUUCGAUAACUAUUCCGGAGAAAUGUUGGAUUCGCUUUCGAGAUAUUUUUAAUGAUUAUUGCGAGAAAAUGAAAAAAUCGUCCGACUCAAUUACUGCCGAAAUUAACUUACCUACAUCUUCAAAUAGUCUUAAAUAAACAACAUACCGUGAUUUACUAAGUCACAUAAGAAGGCGCGAAAAAUAAAAUUUUUAAUGGCGAUUGACCAACCAAUAUGUAAAGCUUGUAAUGUUUGACAUGGCUAAAUUCAAAAUCAUGCGACUAAUUAACCUUAAUGACACGCAAAUAUAUUUAUUUUGUAGCAUUUAGCCAAAUAUGUUUUAGUAUUCUAUAUUGCUAAUUUCUAUUUUGUAAUAAAAAAACAUAAAUUAGUUAGAGUUACUUUAGAGAAAAUUAAAUCCUAAAGUCAUUUUGAAUUCUAAAUGUCCUCUUUUGGCUGACUGUUUAGCUUGUACUUAGUGCAAGAAAAUUUAAUUUAUUCAUUGACUUGUUUGAUUUGCCUUACAAGUGAAAAUAGAAAGCCGUGUUCCUGUAUUGACUGUUUUAAUUGUUUUCGGAACUCACAAAAUAUUCAUAUCAGUCGAUUAAUCUGUUUGACACAACGUUAAUUAACCUGAAAUUAACAACAAAAUUAAUUUCCUAACAAAAAUAAUUAAUCUCUAUGAUUCAAUACGUUACGUUACGUUAGCGGAGAUCUACUAAUAAUGAACAGUUAACGAUAACAAUCUAUGUUUUGCAAGUUUCGAAUAAUAAUAAUCACUUUCGGUUGAAUAUUAUUUGAUAUUAUUUUAAGUAGUGCCAUUUCUGUUGUAAAUUUAAAUAUAUAUAGAAAUUUCGAUUUGAAAUUGAUAAUUUGUGUCACUAAAGUCAUAAUUCUCAUUAAAUGUAUUCCUAAAGUUUAUGGGUUAUGCCAUAAUUAAUUAAUGUUAAUGUAAUUUGAAAUAUCUUUGACAAGUUUAAAAAAUUGUUAAAGAUUCUAGAAAUAAUAUGUUAUAUAUAUAAUAAUACAAAUUAAAGUAACUCCUAAACUCGUUUUUAAAACAAAAGUUUCAUGUGAUCACGUAGAAUAAAAACUUACUAAGUACGAUGAAAAUGCAUAGCAAAAUAACAACAUAAAUCGGAAGCGCAACACAAGCACAUACCGGAUAAAUUUCCAUUAAGGAAUAUCGUGUACAAAUUGGGUAUGCUAAGUAAUAAAUUAGCUGUACUAAUUAUUUAGUAUUGAAAUUUAUCAGGAUUUUGGGUUCACUAAAGAGAGACAAAAAAAUGUAUUCGCAAAUAAUUUAAUGAUUUUUCAUUAAAGAGAGAAAAAAAUGUAUUCGCAAAUAAAUUUAUGAUUUUAUUCAUUUAA